UUUCUAGAUCUGGACAUUGCACAGACAACUGUCUAUCUAAUAACAGCCUCUGGCUGUAGCUGGACAGUAUCAGACUUCGUCACUACUAUAUGAAAUUACAAGGAGCUUGGUCGGAGGUCGUUUUGGAAAGAUCACCAUGAAGGGUUCUUGCAGCGUAGCGCUUUUCUUGACAGCUUUGGUGACCAUUUCUUCAUCAGCUGUACAGCAGAACUCAUGCUCUAAAGAUGUCCCUUGUGGAAGUCCCAGGGGACACUUAGAAAUCUUCGGAUCUCACGCAGAAGCGACAGAAACCAUCGACGAGAUGUUCACAGUCCCGCAACCCCAGGAGUUUUUCGACAAAUUCGUCAAACCAAACAAGCCUGUCCUGCUGAGGGGAGCAGCGAAGCCCUCACGUGCGUACUCUCUGUGGACGCCAGAGUACCUCAUCCGCGAGUACGGCAACCUCACCGUACGACUGGAGGCACGAAGCGAGGGUAACGGCAAGAUCCCUGCAGGGGAGGGGGGCCUUGGAAGGGACACGGUCGCUCACUUCAUGCAGAACUUCGAGACGAUGGACGCGUACGUGAUCUCACAGAUCCCCCGUCCCAUGGAGAGGGAUGUCGCUGUCCCACCCUGCCUCAGGUGUGGCAGUAUCGCACAGGGCAUCCAGGAGACUCAUCUGUUCCUGACAGCAGCAGGAGGAAUGACCAAGGUGCACAGGGACCCAUACAGCACCUUCCACUGUCUGUUUAAUGGUACCAAGGACUGGAUUCUGAUAGAUCCCAGCCAGAGUGACUUGCUGUACUUUGCGGAAGAGUCGAGGUACGAGUGGGGAGGGUUCUCGGAGAUCGAUGUUGACCGCGUGGACAUGUUAGAGUUCCCCAAGGUCCAGGAUGUCCGCUUUGCUCGCAUCACCAUGGACAAGGGAGACUGUAUCUUUGUACCUGGAGGCUAUCCCCACCAGGUGAGAGUGAACGGCCACCUCAACACCGCUGUGUCCAUCUGGAUCUCUCGUCUGAAGGAGUUCGACAACACCGGGUGCGACCAAGAGUUCGACUUCACGCCCAUGGACCAGGUGGACGUGCUGUGGCGUUACAGCGGCCAUGGUGACCUCCCCCAAGGUCACAUGGACAUUCACAUCCUCAGGAGGCUCCUGUUGCUCCUGGCCGACUCUGAAGGGAAGAUUUCAGUCAAACAUUUCGUGCACAACUUUAUCAAGGGUCAACAUGAAGCAAAAGAUGAGAUUGAAGAGAACUUUCAAAUGACACAGGAACAGAUAAACACCAUGGAUGAGCUCUACAGUAACAUGAGGAGCGAGUUUGCUAAGAAGGUGGACCCAGAAGGAAGAGGUUACAUCACCAAGGAUGAGGUGAAGGCGCUGACAGUAGAGGAGAUGAAGGAGCUCAUGCUGGUCAUCGACCCCACAGAUGUGUCUGACAUGGAAUCGUUCGAGUACAGCCACAUAGAGGCGGAGCGAAUAAGGGCACUACUUGUGACUUUGGUGCAUCAGCAUAACGGGAAGAUACCUACAGACCUGUUUGUGAAGGAGUAUGUGGAUACACUCGGGGGUACUUCACAGGUGGCAGAGGAGAUUGUGUCAAAGCUGGUCCCAAAUGAUGGUGGUAUCCUGACAAUUGCUUUGCUGAAGGAGAACAUUAAGGCCGCAUUACAGCCUUUUGACUCGGCCAGGUUUCAUGACCCCACCUUGGAACGGCUCAUGUACAAGCAUCUGGAGAUGCAUGAUGAACUUUAACCUUCUGUGAUGUCAUGACAAGUCGCUCUCACAUGAUGUCAUCAGAAGUUGCCCUAAUUUGAUGUCAUGAGAAGUUGCAGUUGGAAACAUUGUGUGAUGAGAAAGAAACUUUUAUGAGAAUUCCAGCAAGCAGGCUGCUAUUUAAAUUGCUGCUAUACAGAACUAACAAUGAUUAUGGAUAAUGGAUAUAGUGUGUAUGAGGUAGGGUGGAUGUAGGGAGGUUGGUGCAAUAAUGAAAAAAAAAUAUCUGUAAUAUAUGGUUCAUGAGGCCAAGCCUUUGCUGACUGUAUAUAUUUUCAAAUCAAUUACAUCUUUAAUUGUGUUAAAAUAUGCUGAUAUUUGUAGCUUCUUCCUUUUUUCUGUGUAACUUCUCAGGUAGGAUUUAUUAAGGAGUUGCUGCGUACAAUGUCUACUUUUGUCCUUGUUUCCAUGCAGAAGAUUUUGCAAAGGAUAUUCUAAUGUAUAUUAGCCUGGGUACCAUCUGGAUAGUAGUACACUCUGACAUUUAUUAUACACUAUAUCCAUGCUUCUCACUCUGACUUUUAUUAUGCACUAUAUACAGUUGCUUCUCUGGGUAGCAGAAGGAAACAUAGGAGCAAACUGCUACCCAGAUGGUACCCGAGCUAAGUGUAUGUAGGGUGAAUAAAAAAUUGUGAACUGCAUCUUUUAUUGGGUAAAUUGGAAUUUUGUCUUUGAAAACAAAAACAUCAUCACUCUUUUUGUUUAUUUGGGGGAAAGGUAAAUGUUAGACCAAUGUUAGAUUGGAUCUCAUAAAUGACAAAGGAAAUGCUGGGUAUAACUGUGUAAUGUGUAAUGGAUAGAUUAUGGAUAAUGGGUUUACAUAUAGUGGAUAAUGGGUAGAUUACUUAAUAGGAAGUUCAAAAUUAUAUAUAGUUGGAGCUUAGGGACCAAUGUACUUAAGUUUGUAUUUUCAAUUUUGCUAUGAAUUUGUAUUUGCUACAGUAUUGAUGGGAAUGGUUCAAUAACUUUGAAUAAAAGAGAUGCCUGGUUUUCUAAA